AUGGUUGCUUUGACAGUACUUGAGUACUUGGUGGCUCAUGGUUCUGAGAGAGUCAUAGAUGAGAUCAGAGAACAUUAUUAUCAAAUAUCGACUUUGUCCGACUUUCAAUAUAUUGAUUCCAGUGGAAGAGAUCAAGGAAACAAUGUCAGGAAAAAAUCUCAGAAUCUCGUUAUCCUUGUGAAUGAUAAAGAAAGAAUCGUAGAGGUCAGGCAGAAGGCUGCUGUUAAUAGGGAAAAGGAGGAAGAUAGAAAUGCCUAUGGUUAUGGAAGAGAAAGAGAAAUGGGCUCAAGAGAUGAUGAUCGGUACAAUCGCGAUGGAGAUCGUUAUGGUAGAGAUUAUGAGGAGCGUUAUGGUAGGGAUGGUUACAGAGAUGAUGAUAAGGGAAGAAGUCGAAGUGUUGACUACAAUUAUGAUACAAGAAGCAGGAGUUCUGAUAGAGAGCGUGAUUUCGAUGACGAUGGCCAACACUCCUCUCGGUAA